UGCGUAAGCGCAUCCAAACUUCACACCGUCCAUCCGUGCGGUGUUGGUCGUCAGUAUACAGGCAGCUUUCGGCACGUGCGGCCGUUCCGGUUCGGUGGAAGUAGUACACACGGUGGUAGUGUGUGGUCGUUUGCUGUACGUUUGGAGCUGUCAGUGUGAGCCGUGUGUGAAGCUGUUCAAAGUAAUCCUUCAUUUUCCAGUGCCCUGUUUCAGAUAUCUUUGCAUGAAGUCUUCCGCGGGGUUUUUAUUCGAUUCGUUUUCCGUUUGUUUGACUUUUGAAAUCCCCGUCGUACCAAGCCCAGCUGCGAGCGAAUUUUGCUACCGCCGCGGAAUCAAUAAAACCGCACCGUGAACGUAAUCUAAUUAACGCCAGCUCUUGUCGACGUGUCAGCAAGCGGACCGUUUAUCAAUUGUAUCUUAUCACAUGAUUGAUUGCAAAUACACUGGGGCUGCCGCAAAUGCAAGCCAUGGAGCAAUCGGUCGCCAUCAUUCCACACGACUAUCCGGAACCGGUCGCCACCGACAGCUACAUCAUACCGACGCUCGGACUCUACCACGGCUCGUUCGUCUUCACCUAUCUGUCCACCUUUCUGUCCUACAUUACGCCGUACGAUCUGCCAGUAGUCUACUGCAUUCUAGAGCUGCUGCGCGAUGCAUUCCACACGAAGGUGUCCUUUCUGCAGCUGAUACUGGAGGCCCUCAAGGUUGAGUCGGGCUACAUCUGUCUGAUAGCGAUCUUUUUCCUGAUCUCGCUCAUACCGCUCUGCUACACGAUCGCGUGGGGAUGUGCGAAGGAACCGGACGAUGAUCUGAAUCCCGGCCCAACCGUCGAUGCCAUCAUACAGGCGGAGGAGCUAUCGCUCGAGGAGUCACUGCACUGUCGCAAAAGUUUCCUCGGUCUAAUGCUCCAGGUCGUCAUACUGCUGCUGAUUGCCGGUGUCAUAGCAAUGUUUGUGACGAACGAACAGAUUGCCUCGGCCGUCGAUCACACGCCCACCGUCGUGCGGUCUUCAUUGCUCGAUGCGGCCACGUAUCUGCGCGAUGCCGAAUCGCAAAUGCGGUUCGUCAUCGCGCAAGGACUUGCCACCGCGACCGAGCGCAUAAGGGACGAUCUCGAAGCCGUCGACAAGCUGCUGGGCGAACCGAUUCAGCACCAUCUCGCACUGUUUACCGGCAUCGACAUCAUCUUCGAGUCGAUCAUUGAGAUUAGCACGAGCAGCAGCAACCUGUCGCGCCGUAUCCAUCUGCUGCAGGAUGCACUGGCCCGGGCGGCCAAGAUCUCGUACGAGGCGGAGUAUCGGCUGGACGAGCUGCAGAUACAGCUGACGGUGCUGCAGCGCCAGUGCACGUUUCGCGAUCGGCCGCUUUGUGAUACGCUGCGCAUCAGGAACUUCGAGGACACGGGGCUGAUCGACCGUAUUCGGAAGCUGCAGGCGGAUCGAACGCUUGCCAAGCUGAUGGCGAUGGGUGAGGCGAGUCGGAACAGUAGCAUGCAUGCGUUGUCGCAGGAGCUUACGCUGGCAAGGGCUACCUUCCGCAACUAUGCUGGAGAGGUGCGCAAUGCUACCGAAGAGCAGGCAGAUCAGGUGGAGGAGCGGUUGGAGGAGCUGAGCAACGAUACGGAAGCGACUGUAAGCGUGCUGUCACAAACGAUCGGUGAGCUGGUGGGGCAGGUGAACCGGACGGCAAACUUCUCCGACUCGUUCUUCGAUCGGUACCGUGAGAUUGGUGCGAUCUUGUGGUUGGCCGGACUCGCGACCACCAUCAUGACGCUGCUCGUGACGCUCAUUCUGCUGAGCGCGCUUAGCUGUGGCUGCUGUCACGCGGACAAUAAGGCGGGCAUCACGCUCAUCCUCGGCGCUGUUUGCAUCUGUAUUGCAAGCUUAGCGCUGUCUGGAUUCACGAUGAUGGAGAUGUUGCUGGGCGCUCAUGGGCAGCUGUUCAUCUGCCAUCCGCUGUACAACGAGCCGGAUUACACUGUGCUCCAGAAGCUGAUCGACAAACCGGGACUGAUUUACCCAACCGAACCACAGUAUGGGAUCAUCGGGGAGCUGCUGCGACAGGCUGCUCCGGCCGAUGCACGAUGGUCACAGCCAGUACAGAUAUCGCUCUCGAAAGCGCUGAACGAGUGUGAACAGGGUCGUGGCUCGUACGGCACCUUUCAGCUCGAUUCACUGCUCAAUCUGUCCGCAAAAAUAGAGCACCGCAAGCGGCCCGAGCUUGAGCGAGCGAUUGAGAGUGUGGGCGCUAGCGAGGAACCAUUUCUUGGGUUUACCGUACGCAUCCAGGGCAUACUGGAGGAUAUGCUGUACGACUCGGACCUCAACAUGACGAGCACGCGCAUCGAGCUGACACAACUCUCGCCCGACAAGGAUGUGCUCACGUUCAUCGAUCAGCUGCAGCGCGUAUCGGCCCAGAUCCAGGAUGUGGCCACCUCGAGCCGCAUGACCACACUUGGGUCGCGGGCCAAGCGCCUGCAGCUCUCGCUGCUGGCACCGCUCGAACAGUUGCGCGGUGACAUCGUGUACCAUCUAACCGCGCUCGAACUGCAGCUAUCGCCGUGGGCCGCACAGGUUAAUAAAAGCUUGACGCACCUGCGAAACGCGCAGUCCUUCCUCGACACGGACGCGGCUGAGGUGUGCUACAACCGUAGCGACACCUACCGGGCAAGGUUGCGUGGCCACCUGGACGCUUACCGGAACUACACGACCAUGGUGCUGAACGAUCGAUGUGCAAGCUGUCGACCUCUGUUCGACAUCUUCGAUGCGAUGCGCAUGCUGUUCUGUCACCACAUUAUGGAUCCCAUGAAUGGGCUAUGGUUUUCGGCGUUUCUGUGCCUGUUUCUGUGGGCUGUGGCGACGCCACUGUCGUUAAUGCUUUCCUCCACCUACCGGCGGCUCGAGAUACUGUCGACCAAACUGCAACACUCCAACAGCCAUCGGUACAAUGCACGAGCUUCCGUACGUGAGGAUCAGCGUGAAUCUAGCCACUGGUCGACGCAACGAUCCGUCUGGGUGCAUGUUAACGCAAUGGCAGAGUCGAGUACGGACGAGGAGCUUUCACACUACACGGCAACCGGCAGCGGCGAGGAGGACGGCACCGAAGAGGGGGCGGUCGUAAUUGAGUACAUCGAGUUGCGGUACGAAAGCGGCGACCCGACCAACUACCGGGAAAGCUUAAUCUAGCGGACCCGGCGAGGCGACGGAUGGCGCAAACGCUGUUAAUAUCUGUGAAUAAUAUUUAUCUUUCGAUUUGUUCGUACAUAAAGCGCGAUUAUUUUAGUUCGAGAAUGAGUGAAA